AUGCUUCCAGCCUUAGAAGUAGACUCAAAGCCUCUUUUAAGUCCCCGGAAGAGAUGGCGACGGGCCUUUGCCACUCUCUACAGCACCAGGGUCCUGAAGCAGAUUGUAUCCCAAAACCAAAGUGAAGUUUUACACUCACUAAUUGACAUACCCAAGGAAUUUUCGGGCGUCACCCCGUCAAUCCUGGCGAAGCUUGUCCAAGAGAAAAAUGUUGAACAUCUCGAUCAGCUUGGAGGAGUUAACGGCUUGAUCUCUACUCUUGAGACUGAUGCUGAGAAGGGGAUCCGAGGUGGUGUGGAAGACAUUGGCAGACGACGCAAUGCCUUUGGUUCAAAUACAUUCCAGAGGCCAUCAAUGAAGAUCAUUCAUAUAUUGUUGGAAACCUUCAAAGAUCCCAUCAUGAUUGUCUUAUUACUAUGUGCCACAUUUACCAUUGGUAUUGGGAUGAGAAAGCAUGGCCUCCAUGGAUGUUUAGAUGGAGGAAUCAUAUUGGCAGCUGUGUUUCUUGUCAUUGCUGUCAGUUCUUUGAGUAAAUAUUGGCUGCAAAGACAGUUGUACAAGCUAUCCAAAUCCAAUGAUCAUGGCAUGAAUACAACAGUCAUCAGAAAUGGGAAGCGUCACACUAUUUCAAUUUCUGAUGUUGUUGUUGGAGAUGUACUUUGCUUGGGUGUCGGAGAUCGAGUCCCUGCUGAUGGCUUGUAUAUUGAAGGACACUCCUUGCUAGUGGAUGAAUCACAUAUAAAAAAUGACAACAAUCCUGUUCAAGUACAGAGCAGCAAUAAUCCAUUCUUGCACUGUGGCAGUAAAGUUAUCAAAGGCGAUGCUCGAAUGCUGGUCAUUGCAGUUGGCAAGAAUACAUCCUGGGGUCAAACAAGCAUGAGUUCAACAAGUUGGGGUUCUAAUGAAAGAACGCCUUUGCAAAUAAAAAUACACAGACUGACCUUGAUUAUAGCUGCAAUUGGUCUUGCAGUUGCUGUCCUAGUUCUGACAGUACUGCUCAUCCGUUAUUUCUUGGGGAGCUUGCACGACAAUGAUGGAAGCAUUCGCUUCGCCAGCCGGAAAACAAGUCGAAACAAGGUAUGGAGAUCCAUGAUUGGACUUCUGGUAAGUUCAAUUGCAAUUGCAUCAGCUGCCAUUCCAGAAGGUUUGCUACUGGCUGUUGCAAUAACCAUAGCUUAUACAACCCAGAGAAUGGCAGAUGACAAUGUACUUGUGAGAAAUCUUUCAGCCUGUGAAGUGAUUAGCUCUGCAACAGUGAUCUGUACAAACAAGAGAGGCAUCCUUAAGAUGAAUGAAUUAAAAGUAAGUCAAUGUUGGAUAGGCUCUACAUAUAUUGGUGAAGAUGGUGUUUCCUUAAUUGCACCAGAAGUUUUAGAUUUGCUUCAUGAGGGAAUAGCUCUGAAGGAUGCCUAUGUCCCAUUAGCAUAUCCAUUAGAAAUCACCAAUCAAGAAAUCCAACAUGCAAUUGAAGUCUGGGGGGAACAAAAAAUGAAGGUGGAUUUAGCACAGAUUUAUGCUAAGAUAUCCAGUUCAGAACACCAGGAUCUGUUUAUGAUUCAGAGGGCUGGCAACCCAAUUCAUGUCCACAAAAAAGGAGAUCCAGAGGUCAUAUUGCCCAUGUGUUCACAGUACUAUGAGAAAAAUGGCAUCAGCAAAAACAUCAGUGAUGACGAAAGAGCAAACCUGGAGAAAAUAAUUGAAGAAAUGAGAUUGAAUGGUUUCCACUGUGUUGCAUUUGCAUGCAAAGAUUUACCAGCAGAGCAACUCAUUGAUGGUGAUGGGAACUUUCAUCCUAAGUUCAAAGAAGAUUGCUGGACCUUAUUAGCAUUUGUAGGCCUAAAACCUACUUGUCAACCUGAGGCGCAGCAAGCAGUGCUGGAUUGUCAAAAUGCUGGGGUGACAAUCAAAAUGAUUACAGAAGAUGAUAUCCAUACUGCACGGGCAUCUGCAAUUGAAUGUGGAAUAAUUAAGCAAAACGAGGGAAUGAACUCAGAAGAGGUGAUGGAAGCAGCAAAGCUCCGAAACUGUUCAACUGAAGAAAGAUUGGAGAAAGUUGGAAAAAUCCGUGUACUUGCAAGAGCAUCAACAAUUGACAAGCUUGAGAUGGUAAAAUGCUUGAAACAGAAAGGACACAUUGUUGCUGUUACUGGAAACAGUGAGGGAGGUGCAAGAGAACUUAGGGAAGCUGAUUUAAGACUUUCUUUAGGAAUUCAAGGGGCUGAUGAUGCAGUGGAGCAGAGGUCAGAUACAAAUGUUCUCAUCUUAGAUGAUAACUUUGCUUCAGUGGCCAGAGUUAUAAGAUGGAGCAGAGUUAUGUAUAAUAACAUUCAGGUUUUCACCCAAUUCCAGCUAACAGCAAGCAUAGCUUCUCUCAUGGUAGACUUUGUGACUACAAUAUCAACUAGUGAGCCCCCAACCAUCAACAUUGUGGCAGCCAUUUCAGCAGGUGAAGUUCCAUUUGCAACACUUCAGAUGCUGUGGGUAAAGCUGAUAAUGGGCACUUUAGCUGCUCUGGCUCUCACUGCAGAUAAGCAUGCAGAAAAGCUCAUGCAACAGCCCCCAGUUGACCACAACAAACCAUUUAUAACAAACAUCAUGUGGAGAAACAUAGUGGGUCAAGCAACGUACCAAAUCAUAGUUUUGCUCACCAUACAAUUCACGGGAGAAUCAACAUUCAAUUUGAGCUCCAAGGAAAAGGAUACCAUGAUAUUCAAUAUUUUUGUUCUCUGCCAACUAUUCAGCAUAAUCAAUGCCAGAAACUAUGAAAGAAGCAUCUUCAGUGGGCUACACAAAAACAGGUUGUUUUGGGGAAUAAUUGUAACAAUAAUUCUCCUUCAGGUGAUGAUGAUAGAAAUAUUGAAGAGAUUUGCAAACACAGAGAGGCUGAGCUGGGAGCAAUGGAAAGCAUGCAUUGGGAUAGCCUUCCUAUCAUGGCCAAUCGGUUGGCUCAUAAAAUGCACACCCCUUCCUAGGAUUGCACAAACAUUUGAUUAUCUACCAUUCUAUCAACUUAGUCCCUAG